UCCUCCUCCUCGCUCUCCUCCCCCUCUUCCAGCAGCACCUGACGUGUGGGGCUCCCUUUCCCCCCUCCCUCCCGAGCUCUCCCGAGCGGAGCCGCUGCCCAGCGCAUCCCCCGGAGCAUGCGAGGGCAGCGGGGGGGCACCGACCCUUCUGCCCCCCCGGGCGGGCCGGCAGAGGGGCUGAGCGGCUCCCGGAGCCGCUGGAGCGGAGGGGGACAGCACUGGGGACAGCUGGAAGCGAGCCGGGGGUUUGGGGGUGGAGAGGAGCGGAGCAUCCUGCUCGCCCUCCAUCCCUGCAUCCCGGCUGGAGGGAGCGAGUUCUGCCCCGGGGAGGGGGGACCGAGGUGCUGAGCGAGUGUUGGGAGAGGGUUUGUGGGGAUCAUGCCGAAGGGACUGCGCCUCGGCAUCGCUUUCUCCUCGCUCUCCGUCGCUUUCUCCUCGCUCUACAUGGAGCCCGGACCUUUUCUACAAUGACUUUCCCUGAGCUGAGCAAUGGCAGCUUGAGUGGGAACCAGACGGGACAGGGCAGCCAGAGCGGUGCCAACUGGUCCUGGGGGCUGCAAGGUGAGGACAUCCCUGAGGGCAACAGCACCGCCUUGACUUUCACCUUGGAUGUGCAAGCGGUGGGCGUCGGGGUCUUCCUGGCCAUCUUCAUCCUCUCGGCCAUCGUGGGGAACAUCCUCGUCAUCCUCUCGGUGGCUUGCAACCGGCACCUGCAGACGGUCACCAACUACUUCAUCGUCAACCUGGCCAUCGCCGACUUGCUGCUCAGCACCACCGUGCUGCCCUUCUCGGCCACUUUGGAGGUGCUGGGCUUCUGGGUUUUUGGGCGCAUCUUCUGCAACAUCUGGGCAGCGGUGGAUGUGCUGUGCUGCUCCGCCUCCAUCAUGAGCCUGUGCAUCAUCUCCGUGGACAGGUACAUCGGGGUCAAAUACUCCCUCAAGUACCCCACGAUCAUGACUGAGAGGAAGGCAGGGGUCAUCCUCGUGGUGGUCUGGCUCUCCUCCAUGGUGAUCUCCAUUGGGCCGCUGCUGGGAUGGAAGGAGCCACCACCACCAGAUGAGAGCAUCUGUAGCAUCACGGAGGAGCCAGGCUAUGCCCUGUUCUCCUCCCUCUUCUCCUUCUACCUGCCCCUCAUGGUUAUCCUGGUAAUGUACUUCAGGAUCUACGUGGUGGCCAGGCGGACAACCCGGAGCCUGGAAGCAGGGGUCAAGAAGGAGAGUAAUAAAUCCAUGGAGGUGGUGCUGCGUAUCCACUGCCGCAGCGUGCUGGAGGAACCUCUCUCCAGCACCCGGAGCAAGGGGCACAACUUCAGGAGCUCCCUCUCUGUGCGACUUCUCAAGUUCUCCCGUGAGAAAAAGGCAGCCAAGACUCUCGCCAUCGUUGUGGGUGUUUUCAUCCUCUGCUGGUUCCCCUUCUUCUUCGUCCUGCCUUUUGGUUCUUUCUUCCCAUCUCUGAAGCCCUCUGAAAUGGUCUUUAAGGUCAUCUUUUGGCUGGGAUACUUCAACAGCUGCGUGAACCCAAUCAUCUACCCUUGCUCCAGCAAAGAGUUCAAGCGAGCUUUCAUAAGGCUGCUGAAGUGCCAAUGCCACCGGAGAAGACGGCCCAUCUGGCGUGUCUAUGACCACCACUGGCGAGGGGCCUCUGUGAACAGCUCGGUGCAAGACUCUGAGACAGACCUGAGGCCCCGGAUUAACACCCUGAACAGCUCAUUCAUAUUUAACUCCUCCAUGCAGGAGAGAGCCAGUAAGAGGCGAACACUCAGCUUCAAGGGCUGGAAAAUGCUCACUCCUUUCCAGAAACCAGCAUCCACCCAGCUGAAGGAGAAGAUGAACAGCCUUUCUAACAAAAUCCGAGGUGGCUCCAGCAAAGGGGGGUUGACGGCCACCUACAAAACAGAGGUGGAAUCUGUCUCUAUCGGAAUCCCUCAUGACUUCACGGAAACCAUUGACUAUCAAACCUAUGACUUAAAAGACUGCUGUGGACUGCGAGAAACAGAUAUUUGAAGCCACAGGGACAGCUGUUGAUGGUUUCUCUAGAGGUAUCUAUCAGAAACGUAAAGGGAUACCAUCUGUGGGUCUGUCAGGCAGACUGGAAGUAGCAAUCAGGUAAAAAAUGCGGUUGCCCAAAGGUUACACAAGCAUCCUCCACGUGGAGGUGAGCCCCUUCUCUGGGAUUAUGGGUUCCUCACAUUAGAGCCAAUGACGUAUCCCAUUUUAAUGAGCCGCAACAGGAGCGGAACAUGGGGGGUGGAUAUGGCCUUAAGACAAGAGCUGUUUCCUCCAGUGGGUGGUUAUCUUUGUACUCUGGAAAAAGAUGUGCAAUUAAGGGAAACCAGGUUGUCUCCUUUGCCUUAAAAACAGCACCACAAAAUCUAAUGGAAAGAUCAAAUCCCAAAAGAUCCCAACCCUGCCUUAGUACAUAGGAUCAUAUUUCCAUCCAGAAGCAGCACUCAGAAAGGACAAUGCCAAGAAGUAGCUGAUCCAUUAGAUAAUGGGUUGGGAGCUUGUAGGUCCACAGAGCUAGACCUUUGCUGAGGCCUUUGCUUUGGAGGAUGAGCAGAUUGGUGUUCCCAAGCAGGGUGGGUGGAUCCUGGCUCUCAGCCUUCACGUUUGCAGUGACCACAGCUUUACCCCUUCCACAUAAACUGGUUUUAUGCCAGAGAAGCAGUCCAGAUGUGUACACUGACACCAAUGAGUGUGUGGGUCACUCUUCUCAAAGUCCAGCUUGUGAUGCAUCCCUUAUUUCACUUACCAACAAAACACUUUCAACCCACCUUACUGUAGAGCACAUCCCUCUGUGAUACGAAGGGAAAGCACCUCCUUUAGGUGUUGGCCACCCCUGGCCUUUUUCUCUCCCCUUCUUGCUCUUGUUUGUUGUGUCUUUCAAAAACCCCAGAAUAAAGGCGCAUCAUAGGGGCUUCACUCAGGUCCAUUUUAAACCUGUGCUGUGGCUCAGGAAAGGUGAAAUGGUUGAGUUUGGGAUCUGUUUCUACUACCCAAGGAAUCAAAGCUGAAAUGGAGCUGACACACAGUUGGAGCUCCCUCGUGUUGAUGUAUCUUCUCCCCAAUCAGGGUGGUCAUGCUCAUGACUCUUUUCCCAAGUGGCUUCCCGUAUGUCUGAUACAUCAAAGCCUUUGGUGGCUAUCUGCUAGCAUGGAAAAGCAAUGUCAAUAAGGAGGGACGUUGCCCCUCUCACAGCCCCAUCGUGUGAGCUCCCUUCAGGAGGACACCAUGACCUCCUCUUGGGACCACAAGGAGGGUGGAGCCAUGACAGACCCACCUCAGCCAGGCUCACACAAACGGUGCUUUGCAGCUCAGAAUGGUCACUCAAACUCUGCUCGGCCAUGUAUUUCAGGCACUGGUUUUAUCAAAUUUCAGGCAAGCAGUGAGGCACAAAGAGAUAUCAUUAGAUCAAGUGGUGGGCAGAGGCAGGAGACACAUAAGCAAUGGACACAUAAGUCUGGACCUGAGGUGCAGCACCAGGUGAGUAAAGAACAGCAACGUGAAGUCAAGGGGUGGAGAUAUGAUACCUAAUAUGUCCUGGAUGGAAACUCAUCCACAUCAGCACGAUCCCCAGGGCCUAUUAGGAGACUUUCAGCACGUCUAGCUAAUUCUCUUAAGGGUGGCUAUCUAAAGAGAUUAAAGGCUUCUAGAUGUAGCAAAGAGACUGUCACCUUUCCUUCAAGGAAAUUGAAACAGGGGAAAAGUUUGCCUUCCUUUAUUUCUUACUUUUUUGUACAGUGCAUACUGAGACACGAUAUCUGGAGCUGGCCCUGUCUCACCACCUUUAACACCCUUCUGCCUUUUACUCAAUGCAAGAGACUGAACCGAGCCAAUUACUGCACAAAGACCUGCAGAUUUUGGCUGAAUAUUUUCAAACACUACAAAGGCACAUGGGCCGCAUUGCAUUUACAUUGAACCCAGACUCGCUACUGCCUGUAUGUUCACAAGUGGCAUUUGCAGACAAAAUCUGCAAUAUGAGCCAGAGGCUGCCAGCUUGAGAUGCUCAACAUGACCAAAGCAAAGGUCCAAUUCCCUAUGGGAACCUCUAUGGAGAAAUGCAUCUGAGGUUUUUUUCCCCCGUUUCUUUGACCCUGAAGAGUAGCAAGACCCUACAGUGCUGAUGAAGUGACACAGAAAGUUAUUUUGCAGUGGACUGCAGCUGCCGCUGUUUUCCUGGGUGGUUUGAGGUUCCACACUGCUGGCACUGAGGACAUAGCAGAAAAGGCAUCAGGGAGAGGGUAGUCACUGAAGAGCAGUAAUGCCCAGAAAGUCAAGGUCAGAACAUUACUCCUCCCACGUUCCACUCACCUCUCAGGAUGCGUGUGCUCACAUGCAGCUGUCAGUGGGAGUAAAUACACCAAGUUCUGUGUUUUUCGCCCCUCACCCAGUGACAGUGCUUUGCAGGUCGUGCACAUCCAAGUGCAUAAUGUCAGCAAUUCGGGGGCACGGUGUAGGAUGAGCUAUGAUACAUCUGUCAUCAGAAGUGAAAGCCCACUCAAGACAUCAUAUGCCAUUUAAUGCUCUCUAAAGCUCAGGAGAGGAUUUACCUGGUGUGUCUCCGCAGCCAGAGAGCCAUAGCACGUAGUAACAGGAGCUUCAUGACCAUACAGAAACAUAUACACUCUUUGCUGCAUUUACACAUAUAAAUGUCAUCUCCAAAGUGGCAGACAUUCUCCUAUAAAUGGAGACUUUGCAGGGGCUUUCAGCAGUUGCUGGCAAGUAGUUCAUUCCCACGAAUGAGUAGACAUUGUUGCUUACACUUCUUCCUGAUCUUUUAAACACACUUAUUUCUUUUUUUUUUCCAGUUUUGAAAUUUUACAGCCUCCAGUCCCUUAAAAGUGCCCAGAAGGGAAAGAAAGAUUAGUCUGUGGGUUUUACUGCCAGUCCCUCCCAAUUCUUUACAGACCUAUGGAAGAGAAAAUGAGGAUAAAGUCUCCUGAAGCACACAUAUUGAUACACACAGAGAAAUGUCCUCGCUCUGGCUCAUUUACUUUCCUCCAUUGCAGCUCUGCCUGCAUUUGAUCACGCCUUGAGAGAUACCCUAGAAGGUGCUGUAGGAAAGUCUUGGGAUUUGCUGUGCUGCAUUCAGGCAAAAUACUGGUUUCUCACCUAAGCCGGGGUCCCCCUUUCAUUGAGCAGCUUCCACCAGAAGAGAGGCAAUGCCCUGGACUCUGAGGCUUUAUAUGUCGAGUUUCAUUUAGAAUAGACCAGGCUGCUUUUGUUGGAAGAAGAGGAAGGACAAUGUUGUAUGAAAUACGAGCUGAGUGUCUAAGACUGUGCAUUUCUCUCUGAUUCCUUUGAUCUCCAAGCUCUACCAAGUUUGGAAAAAUGGGCUCAGACUUUCAGGAGGUAAAUUUGGUCUGAUCUCAUUGACAUCUCUGGACACAUAAAGGUGUGACUAGUUGAGGGUAUGGUCCCAUUUCUCCAAAGUUGCCAAGCAGGCCAUUUUCCAAAGCACCCAUAUCUUGGUUAUCCAGCAGCUCUCACCUCAUCAUGUUGGCUUUGUGUCACUAUUGCAUCCUUGUCAGACCUUGCUGCUUCGACAAACCGAGUGUGCAGGAUGGUGAACAGCAGCUUUUAUGUCAGUAGGCUCUCACUAGUCCUAUUUAAGGAGAAAAGAAGGUCCCUGUCAGCCUGAGCUGGACUGCAGUUGGGUUGCGUUACUAUUGUUUACAGUGUGUAUAUAAGUGUACAUUUUCUUUAGCAGACAUUGGAAUUUUUUAUGUAUAGAUUUUUAUUUUUCAUCCCCAGAUGUAUUUAUUAGCCGGAGUAUUUCUGUUUUGUGGUUCAAGUUCUGUCAGACUGAUGUAAGCUCUAUGAAACAGAAUACACAUAUUUUUGUUUGUUUGUACCAAAUACAUGCACCAACCUGUCUAAAACGUUGCUGUAAAUUG